UUUAUUGUACUAUUUUGCCAACCUACACCAAAAUUUAAUUUCGACGGAGACAAAUUGUUGUCGCUUCUUUUCUUCAUGGUAGAAUUAAGUUAACAAGAUAAUAAAGGAAUGCAAAAUUAUUACAUAUUAAAGGCGCAGGUCAUACAGAAGCAAGUAACUGCACGAAAAAGUUGAAGACUGUGAUACGUAUUUGACUAUGUGAUUCCAAAUUAACCUAUGUAUUGUUUGUUUUGAAAAUCUGCCUUAUGGAAUAAUAAUCCUCAUUAAACGACUUUGAUAGUGUUUCAUUAUAGGAAAUGGAAGCGGUAGCUUUGGUGUCCUGCAAAGAUGUAGAUACAAAGGAAACAAAUGAUACAGAGGUGAAACUGUCCAUCGAUGGAAAAGAAAUACCCGAAUCUAAGCAACCUCUAUUGAUUAACGAUAAACAAUCGUCUUUUAAAUUAAAACCAAGAAUAAAUACCACAAGCUUGCCAUACAUACGAGCAGUUGCAAAAAAUGGAGACUGCAAUAUUUAUCCUUCAAAUGUACAAAAAAGGCGAUUUUUGAGGGACAUUUUUACAACACUUAUAGACAUGAAAUGGAGAUAUACCUUCACAGUAUUUUCUCUAGGUUUUAUUAUAACCUGGACUAUAUUUGCCAUACUUUGGUGGUUGAUAGCGUUUUACCACGGUGAUUUGGAUGAUCACCAUUUACCUAUGAAUCAGAUGGCUUCUAACUGGACUCCAUGUGUUACAGACAUUUAUAAUUUUAGAUCCUGUUUUCUAUUUUCGGUAGAAACUCAACAAACUACAGGUUAUGGUGAAAAGAGACCAACAGAAAAAUGUGCUGAUGCGGUAGUACUUAUGUGUGUUCAAAAUGUGGUAGGUUUAGUGGUGGAUGCAUGUUUGGUUGGUGUAUUUUUUGCAAAACUAACCAGACCUAAAUUAAGAACGCAAACUAUACAAUUCUCGAAAUAUGCUGUCGUAGCUAUGAGGGACAACGUUUUGUGUCUGAUGAUAAGACUUGGUGAUCUAAGAGAAAGGAGUCGGAUAAUAGAGGCGAAGGUUAAAGCACAAUUAGUAAGACAACGGGUUACUAAACGUGGUGACACAUUUUCAAACUAUUUAACCAAACUUCCUGUAACUAUAGAUGACUGCGAAAACGAUUUGCUGUUUAUUUGGCCUAUGACCAUUGUUCACAAAAUAGAUUCCUCGUCACCUUUUUAUAACAUUUCAAAACAAAAUUUAACUGAGCAUACCUUUGAGAUAAUAAUACUAUUAGAAGGUACUAUCGAAAGUACUGACCAAAAAACACAGGUUAGAUCAAGCUACCUGGCUAAUGAAAUUUUAUGGGGGUACCAGUUUGCUUCUCUAAUGUCAAUCUGCCAAGAAAAAAGCGGAUAUAGGGUUGACUAUACCAGAUUUGAUGAUUUAGUUCAAGUUGAUACACCUGUAGGACCUGCAUCUGAGUUUAAAAAUCGAAAUAGAAAUAGUAAAGAAACUUAUAUACCUACUUAAUAAUGAUCUGUCGUAAAUAAAAAAAAAUUAAAUUUAUUUUGUUUAGAUUUAAAUUAAUUAGUUUGAUAAAAACCAAAUAAAGCUAUUAGUCACAUUAA